AUGGAUUCAACGCCAAACAAUCCUAAACUAUCAUUUAUACAACGUUAUCAUAUUUUACUUAAAACCCAUUAUUUUUUAUUCUUUUCCGCAUUUGGUGUUAUAUUUCCAAUAUUAAGUUUAAUUCUUCGUUCUCAUGGUCUUUCCAAUACAGAAAUUUCUAUUUCAAAUAUAUUUCUCCCAUUCUCAGUCUUUCUAACAAGUCCAUUAAUCGGUUUUAUUGCUGACAAAACUCGUCGAUAUCUUUUAACAUUUAAUAUUUUACUCAUUAUUGUUACUAUUACUGUUACCGGUAUAUUUUUCUUACCAUAUAUUAAAUCUCGUCAUAUUAUUGGUAAUUUACAUUAUGAGAAACAAUCUGAAUAUAUGCUCGAUUUUUGUGCUAGUCAAGAAGUAGCAACGAAAUGUUCAUCAAGAGUUGAAUGUGGUUGUUCUUAUCGAGCAUUUUGUAAAAAAGAUAAUUUGACGUUCAAUUUUAUAUUUACAAUGAAUAAUCAUAGUGUAAAGCAUGAUUUACACGAAAGUGAACGAUCUAUAUGUGAUAUUAAAUACCAUGUUCCAAUUGAAAAAACUUUAUUGAAUGAAACGUUAGAUAUACAACAAUCAGUGAAUGUAAAAUGUCAUAUAAUUUGCUCAAUUCCUUAUUUUUGUCAUGGUUCACGAUAUCCUAAACAAAUGAUGUAUAUUAUUUUUUAUCCAAUUUUAUAUGUUCUCGGUACAAAUCUACUUUCAAUUGGAAAUGUUAUUGGUGCAUCGAUUGGUUUUGCUAGUUUAUCCCGUGCAGAUUUAUUUGGAAAACAACGUGUAUGGGGUACAGUUGGUUUUGGUAUAACAGCAUUUGCUGCUAGUCGUAUUUAUGAAUACUUUCAUAGUGAAUAUGUUUACAUAAUUAUGUUUGACAUUAUUGCUAUUUUGACAAUUAUUAUAACAAGUUUUGUUCCAAUACGGCCAGUUGAAAUGACAGACAAUAAUAAAAAGAAACAAAAAUUUGAUUUAUCGAUUCUUAUAUCAUUAUUGAAAAAGGUUGAUGUGCUUGUAUUUCUUUCUACAACAUUUGUUUGGGGAAUGAGUUUUGGUUGCAUGUUUCCGUAUCUUGGUUUAUAUAUUGAUGAAAUUGCUCCAUGUCAUUCACGUUCAAUUAUUGGUUGGAUGUUAUUAGUAUCAUCUAUAUCAGAAGUUAUCGCAUUUUAUUUUGCUCGAAGAGUAAUUAAAUUUUGUGGUAUUAAUUUAUCAUCGGUUCUCAUCUUUCUUGCAUUUGCUUUACGAUUUUUUGGAUAUUAUUUUAUAAGAAAACCUUAUUGGUAUUUACCAGUCGAAACGAUGCAUUUUUUUAAUUUUGGUAUUCUUUAUGUAUUAAUUGCUGAACGAGCAGAUACAAUCGCACCACCUGGACUUUCCGGUACACUUCAAGGUAUUGCUCAUGGAAUUACACAUGGUUUAGAACGUCUUCUCUUUCUUGUUUUUGGCAUCUUAAAUAUGAUUGCUGCUAUUAUUUAUUCAAUCUAUUUUUUAUUAUCAAAAAAAUCCGCAGGCAAAAAUAUGACUUCAUCAUCAACUAAUAAUAAUGUUGUGCUCGAAAAGGAUGAAGAAACUCUACCGUCAAUACCGAUGAUAACAAUACAAGAUGAACAGUAA